GCUGGCUGCAGUGUUUACUCUAGCUCUGUGCCAUUACCCUUAGGGGGAUCCCGUUCUGUUUCCUGUAGCUGCCCAUGACUUUGCCUCCCCCACCUCCUCACACCCCACCUCUGGGACUCCACCUGCUCUGCUCCACUCCUGCCUUCUACCUAGGAGUCUCAGGAGCCCCUCUGGGUCUGCGUCUUGGUGUAAGUGUGUUUGCCCAGACUGAAGCGCAGUUCCGUCUCCUGGAUUUACUCUAGUUCAACUGAAAGGGAGGGUGUGUUGAGUGAGAGAAGCGGGUGUCGUUGGAGACAUCCUUAGGCCUACUUCCUGCCCGUCUUUGUUGUACCUGUCUGUGUUCUGUUGAAGGACCUUGACUUUCCUGAGGGACUCCGAUAUCAUUCUUCUCACAGCCAUCUGUUUCUUCUCCCAGGUGUGAUAUGGGAGUGAUGAGCUGAACAUGGGGUCGCUACUGUCACAAUUGGGUCUGGAGUGUGGGAGGAAGGAAGUAAAAGAGGAAGAAAGACACCUGCGAGCAAAUGACAGAGAAUUCAACUUGUCUUACGAGUAUGCUGACAAUGCCAUUAAAACCUCCAAAUACAAUAUCUUCACCUUUCUCCCGCUCAAUCUGUUUGAGCAGUUCCAAAGGCUGGCCAAUGCCUACUUCCUCUUCCUCCUCUGUCUCCAGCUCAUCCCAGAGAUAUCAUCCCUGUCCUGGUUCACCACCGUGGUCCCCCUGGUCCUGGUGCUCUCCAUGACCAUGGCUAAGGACGGCAGCGACGACAUAAACAGACACAGAUGUGACAGACAGGUGAACAACCGGAAGGUGGAGGUCCUCAUCGAUGGAGAACUAAGGAGUGAAAAGUGGAUGGAUGUUCAAGUUGGGGACAUCAUCAAGCUGGAGAAUAAUCAGUUUGUCACGGCCGAUCUCCUGUUGCUGUCCAGCAGUGAGCCUCUCAACCUCAUCUACAUAGAAACAGCUGAACUAGAUGGAGAAACUAACUUGAAGGUGAAGCAGGCCCUGACUGUAACAGGGGAACUGGAGGAUUGCAUAGAGAAACUGGCCAACUUCAAUGGCGAGGUGCGCUGUGAGCCACCCAACAACCGCCUAGAUAAGUUCACUGGCACCCUGACUCUGAAGGGAGAGAUGUACUCCCUGGACAACGAGAGGGUCCUGCUGAGAGGCUGUACUCUGAGGAACACCCAGUGGUGCUUCGGCCUGGUCGUCUUUGGAGGUCCAGACACCAAGCUGAUGCAGAACUGUGGAAAGACUACAUUGAAACGGACCAGCAUUGAUCGCCUCAUGAAUGUUCUGGUGCUGAGUAUCUUUGGUUUCCUGGCGGUUAUGUGUUUAAUCCUGGCCGUUGGGAAUGGAAUCUGGGAGUACCAGGAGGGCUCUAAGUUUGCUGCGUUCCUACCCAAGCAAGAGGGGGUUAACGCUCCCUUUUCAGCCUUCCUCACCUUCUGGUCCUACGUCAUCAUCCUCAACACUGUGGUUCCUAUAUCCCUCUAUGUCAGUGUGGAGAUCAUUCGUCUGGGGAACAGUUUCUACAUAGACUGGGACAGGAAGAUGUACUAUCCCAAGAGUGACACGCCUGCCGAGGCCAGGACCACCACGCUCAACGAGGAGCUGGGCCAGAUCAAAUACAUCUUCUCUGACAAGACUGGAACACUCACACAGAACAUCAUGACCUUCAACAAGUGUUCCAUCAACGGGAAGUCCUAUGGGGAGUUGUUGGACUUUUCUGGACAAAGAGUGGAGAUUAAUGAGAAAACAGAGAAGGUGGACUUCUCUUGGAACAACCUGGCCGACCCAAAGUUCUGUUUCCAUGACCACAGCCUAGUGGAGGUGGUGAGGGAGGGCAACCCCGAGGUGCAGGCCUUCUUCCGCCUGCUUGCGUUGUGCCACACCGUCAUGCCCGAGGAGAAGAAGGAGGGUGAAUUGUACUACCAGGCCCAGUCACCAGACGAGGGAGCUCUGGUCACAGCAGCCAGGAACUUUGGCUUUGUGUUCCGCUCUCGUACGCCAGAGAGCAUCACUGUAGUGGAGAUGGGAGAGCUGGUCACCUACGAGCUGCUGGCUGUACUGGACUUCAACAACGUCCGCAAGAGGAUGUCGGUCAUCGUCCGCAGUCCGGAGGGCAAGCUGACUCUUUACUGUAAGGGAGCAGACACCAUCAUCUUUGAGAGGCUGAACCCUUCUUGCAGCAAACUAAAGGAGGUCACCACCGAACACCUCAAUGAGUAUGCUGGGGAUGGUCUGCGUACGCUGGCUCUGGCCUACAAGGACAUAGACCCAAAGUAUAUGGAGGAGUGGAAACUGCGCCACCAUGAGGCCAGCACUGCCAUGGACGAGAGGGAGGAGAAGUUGGAUGCGCUGUAUGAGGAGAUCGAGAAAGGCCUGCUGCUGUUAGGAUCCACUGCAGUAGAGGAUAAGCUACAGGAUGGAGUGCCUCAGACCAUUGAGCAGCUCUCCAAAGCCGACAUCAAGAUCUGGGUGCUCACUGGAGACAAGCAAGAAACGGCAGAGAACAUUGGCUACUCCUGCAACAUGUUGCGAGAGGAGAUGACUGAAGUGUUCAUCGUGUCGGCAAACACAGCAGAGGAAGUCAGAAAGGAGCUCCAGACCGCAAGGAGGAAGAUGAGACCUGAUGGACCAGAGGAGUCUACAGUCACGAAGAGUAGAAGUGGCCUGUUUUGUCUUUUAAAGACAGAGACGGUGGCAGAUGAACCAGUGGAUGGAGAGUACGCUAUGGUGAUUAACGGACACAGUCUGGCCUUUGCCCUGGAGAAGGACAUGGAGAUGGAGCUGCUGCGGACAGCGUGUAUGUGUCAGACGGUGAUCUGCUGCAGGGUGACUCCACUGCAGAAAGCCCAGGUGGUGGAGCUGGUGAAGAAGUACAAGCAGGCUAUCACUCUGGCCAUCGGUGACGGCGCCAACGACGUCAGCAUGAUCAAGGCUGCUCAUAUAGGAGUAGGUAUAUCAGGUCAGGAGGGAAUGCAGGCGGUGCUCUCCAGUGACUUCUCCUUCGCUCAGUUCCGCUACCUGCAGCGCCUCCUGCUGGUGCACGGCCGCUGGUCCUACCUGAGGAUGUGCAAAUUCCUGCGUUACUUCUUCUACAAGAAUUUCACCUUCACCUUCGUCCACUUCUGGUACGGCUUCUUCUGCGGUUUCUCAGCACAGACUGUGUAUGACGAGUGGUUCAUCACCCUGUAUAACCUGGUUUACACAGCUCUACCUGUGCUGGCGUUGAGUCUCUUUGACCAGGAUGUAAAUGAUCGGUGGAGUUUCCAGUACCCCAAGCUCUACGCCCCAGGCCAGCUCAACCAGUACUUCAGUAAGAGGGCCUUUGUCUACACAGUGUUACACAGUGGCUACAGCUCCCUGGUCCUCUUCUUCAUUCCCUGGGCAGCCAUGUACGACACUGUCCGAGACGACGGCAAAGACAUUGUGGACUAUCAGUCCUUCGCCCUGCUGGCCCAGACCUGCCUGCUCAUCGCCGUCAGUAUACAGCUGGGUCUGGACACCCACUAUUGGACAUCAGUGAACCAGUUCUUCCUGUGGGGCAGUCUGUGUGUGUACUUUGCUGUCAUAUUCACCAUGUACAGCAAUGGCAUGUUUCUCAUCUUCACCUCCUCCUUCCCCUUCAUUGGCACAGCCAGGAACUCCCUGAACCAGCCCAAUGUGUGGCUGACUAUGCUACUCACCUCCAUCCUCUGUGUGCUUCCCGUGGUGGCAUAUCGCUUCCUCCGCAUCCUGCUGUGGCCCACUGUCAACGACAAGGUGAGGUACAAGGUGAGACAGGACAAGGUGUUACCCCCUGCCCCUCGCCGUGUCCAAGCCCGCCGCGCCAGUACCCGCCGGUCAGGCUACGCCUUCUCCCACGCCCAGGGCUACGGUGACCUGGUGACCUCAGGCAGAUUCCUGCGGUGGACCCCGAAGAGCCGGCCAGCCCUUUUCUCCCAGACAGACUCCCCAUUGGCCCAGACCCAGCCUCAGUUCUACCGCACCAUCAAUGAGGGUGGAGAGCCACCACUGAGUCCCUAGGAGUGAUGACCUAACAGAGCACACAGUGUUCUGGCCAUUCAGUCUGAAAAUCCUCAAUCUAUUCCUAAAAGAAAAAUCAAAUGUCAAUCAGCCAUGUUUCUGUGAAACACUUCCACGGAUGUAAGGAUGUGGAACAUUCUUCUGGAUGAAAAGUACAAGGACAACCCCAAGCCUAAAUUCAGCCAGGUUUAGUUUCAAGAUGUAUGUAUGUGGAAGUACUGUACUUGUAACUGUAAAGAAAAAAGUAUUGGUGAUACAGCAACAAAAUCAUGCUGGACAUAAGUCCAAAAUGAUCAUUAUGGUACAAUGGUCAUAGUGGCGGUUGGUGCCGUUUAUGAUUAGGGAAGACAAUUUUUUUUAUGGGCUUAUUUCUAUUACAGCAUACUAUUGGAUGACUGUCAUUCCUAUUCCAUUCACCCAGCUCAAUGUAACAUCUAUAGGUGUAGGCUGCUACAUCAUACUCUAAUUUUCCCUAUACCCAUCAUGAGGCUGCUACAACCUAGCCUAGGUGCACAUGUCAAAAUACAAAUGGGAGUAAUCAAGGUGACAGACAGUGCCUGCAUCUAGCUGAUCUAGGGUGUAAUCAUUAGUUCAAACCGUUGCAAACGAGA